GGACGAGGAAACUAAACAAGCCGCGAUCACGACACCCGGAUAUAUUGCCCUCAUCACCAGGCUGUGGCUGCACGAAGAAGAAUACUGUUUGAAAUAUGCACGCAUUAAAUCAGCCAGAGGGGGAAGCCCCUUUUCCCUCCUUUUAUCCAAAAUGAUGAACACUGAAUUUACUAUUGGAGGCUCAGACGAUAUAGUUGUGGCUGGGAUUGUAGAGGGAGCUAACGGAUCGGUGGAUAUCGUCGCAGCCCAUACCAUGAAAAAGCUCCAUGCAGCUCUCGACGCUACUCCCACUGCGAAUUUGGUCCAAGGCUGCAAUAUACUGCUUCUUAUCAUCUCUUUCUACAGUCACUGGCACCAGGAUAGUUUUUUCUGGGCCUUGAUGCGGGAAGGCGUUGCUGGCGGAGUGACAAAGGCAUUUUAUUCCUGUAUAAACCGGCUUGAACCUCCGAGCCGUGAGGUUGAAUCUACUAUGAGAAUGUGCUAUUCGAUCUUCUCGAUCAUGCAUCUUACGCAGAUAGGGCCGUCAUGGGUAGCCCAAGCGUUUGAUGGCAAACUCAUACAGUCCAUGUUGCUCACAGGAGCUUUUGUGAAAGAGCAAAGUGCUGUAGAGUGCGUCGAACGAGCCGUCAAAUUGUUCAACCGUCUUGGACAAUAUUUGGCAUGUCGCACUGUUCUCCGGGUGUUCAAGCAGCAGCUCCGAGACAUCCUUGACGCAGACAUUGCGAACCCCACUGUCGCGGGGCCUUUAUGGGAAAGCUGGCUGCUGUUCAGAGAUGAAGCUCAAGAGAGAUUAGCAGUAUUAAAAGUAUACGAUGCUCAAAAGAACCCGAAGAUGACGAAGAUUUGUGGGUUUCAACAUUGUCCCCAUAGAUACUUCAUUGGAACUGAUGAAAAUAAGGCUAUGCGGUGCACCGGUUGUUUCACAGUGUAUUACUGCUCAAAGGAUUGUCAACGGAAUGCAUGGUCAGCACAUCGAUUCCUCUGCACCAAGUUACGGGAAAAAAGCUCGGGACCAGACUCAAAUCCUGUGACGGCGGAGGCCGACCACAGAUUCUUCCAGUUUCUGAACCAACACUACUUCGAAACUCGUCUGGACGAGAUCAUAGACUUAUUGAUAAGCUGGAAGGUUAUCAAAAUACCUCAAGUUUCUAAUUUCAUCGUUGGUUUUGAUUAUCAAGCUUUCCCCAUGAAAAUUUCAAUCGGGAAGACAGCACAAUUUACUCCUUCACAGAAGAUAUCUCCUCAAAAAAAACCUCGAGAACGACGCUAAAAUCGUCCGAGAAGUGAAAGC